AUGACAGAUCAUAGAAAACGAGAGGAGAGCCAGAGAAAGCAAGAAAAGUUCGCCGUUGCUGCGACGAAUGCAGUUGUUGCUGCCCAAACGGUUUUGGCGCUAGGUGGUACCGAGUGUGUAGCAGAGCAGGUUGUAUUGUCAAUCUUGCUCAAUCAAGGUUGUGCAACGGACGACUAUGGCAUGCCUGAAGCAGUGGAGAGCAAAGCUUCUAGAUUGCUUGCCACUCCUCUACCUCCAUCAAGUUUACAAGGAAGGAAGGGUAACAUUUCUCCUUCCACUCGGACCAAGGCCAUUGCAAAGCGGGCGCUCAAUGGAGAAGACAAGUACAAUCAGCUUUUUUCUUCUCUGAAUUCGUUGGAUCAUCUUGAAGUCGAAAGCCUCUCAGGUUUCUUCGAAGAAUUCUCCCGACAGGGCGUCGAUCAAUUCACUUAUAAUCGUGGCAAUCACACAGCACAGCUAGCCAAGGAAACAAGCCAGGUCAAAACUAUUUUUGAAGCCAACAAUAUUGAAGGAGACGAAUUUAUGCCUAACGAGACUUCUAUUGAGAUCACAGAAGAUGAUUUCUCUGCAACUGCUCUCAAAUUGUCUGUAUCUAGGGUCUUUGACUUGUGUAUCAAACGCGGCCACUCUUCAUGGAUGGCCAAAGGGUACAAGGAGACUUCUCCUAUCUUGGACAAAACGUAUUUUCCAUUUCUUGCAGCCAGAUGUCAAGAACUUUAUGAGCAGUGCCUCGACGAAGAGGUGAGAUCUACACCAAACUUGCCUGUUCGUGUUGGUCGAAAGGAUUUUAAGCAGCGUCUAAUUUCGGUGUGCAUCCCCUGCUACAAUGAGGAUGCAUCAUCUCUAAAGCGAUCACUCGAAUCGCUUCGAAACCAGAAUCUUCCACCCGAUGUCAGGAUGGAGAUUCUGGUAGCCAUGGAUGGUGUGGUACAAAUUUCAGAGUCUAUGGCUACGUAUCUCUCGGAACUAUUCGGAAUCAGCUUCAAAGUUGGCCAUAUGAACAAUCCUUUCGAGCGUCUUCAAAGACCCAAUACUAUUGUUGUGGAGUCAACCGUAGACAACAAUAUCGUCCUUGGCACACAUUUGACACUAUUGGUCAAGCGAAAGAAUUGCCGCAAGGUCAACUCUCAGGAGUGGUGGCUACGUUCCCAUGCUGUAGAUUCUUGCUGCGAAUUUGCCUUUGCUACCGAUUGUGGCAUACUCUUUGAUAAGAAUUGUCUGCUGCAAAUGCUAAGGCGUUCUGAUCGAGAACCGAACUUGUCCGGUUUGACUGGCUAUCAGCGUGUAAUGUCAGCACGGAUGCAGGGUGAUGAUGACUUCGAGUUUUUCAGUGACCCAGUAGGAUGUUUCUUGCGCCAAAUACAAUGUUACGACUUUGAGGUCAGCCAGUCUACAACCAAGUCGCUACUCAAUUCAUUAGGUUUUAUUCCAGUUCUUCCUGGCCCGUGCUCAUUUUUCCGAUUCGAGCAUCUUCAGGGAGUGUUAGAUGACUACUUUUCCCUUACCACAGCUACCAUCAAGGGCGACCAUGGAGGCAUUAUUCUUGGAAAUGUACAAUUGGCCGAAGAUCGAUUUCCUCCUGUUCUUUUGACAUUUCGCUUUAAAGGUAGCUGUCAACGCGCAGGAAUCGCUCGACCCAAAACUGGCUUCGUACACGACGCAGUGUUUUACUUUGAAGCGGAAAAACCCUUGCGCCAGCUGGUGACGCAACGACGGAGGUGGAUCAAUGGGUCUUAUACCGCUGCUUACUGGGUUCUUCUAGAUUCUUGGAUUGGAAAAGCUGACCAUCUGAUUAUUGCCAAACUAGGAGCCUAUCUGAUUCUUCUGAUUGAGCUAUUACAGGGAGCGCUGAUCCGUCUUUGUGUACCAGCCACCCUUGCCUGUGGGUUGAUGUAUAUGUGCACUAUUGUCCCCUCCGUAUACGCAAACGACUCGGAGAGGGUGAGAGAAAUUUUGAACGGAAGUACAGUCGAGUUCAGUCUGGUGAGCAUAAGCGCCGUUACUGCAGGUUUGUAUCUCGCGGUAUUUGCACUUUUUGUGAUAUCCCACACUCCCCAUGCCAUCCGUUCGACCGAUGAAGAUGGCGAAGUGCAAUGGGAGAGUGACCGUGACAGUGCCUAUCGCCCCAGAAUAUUCUUCCUUGCCUUCAUUGUCAAUGCAGCUACAAUCGUUCUGUUUAUAUACGUCGGUGUGGGAGUUGUUAUGAGCGUUGGAUGGAAAGGUGCUCCCGGCUACUUCCAGGCGCUUUGUCUGCUGACGAUGCUCCCGCACUUGGUAACAUUCAUGGAUGGUUUGGUCAACAGUGACCGUCCAAAUUUCCGAGCUUUGUGGAACUUGAUAAUUCUGUAUCCUUUUUUUCUCAUCAGCUCUACCUGGUUCUACGUCUGGCUUCCUUGCUAUGCCACAGCCCGUAUUUCAGAUUUAUCGUGGGGAAAUCGAAACUGCACCAGCCAAUCGUUGACCAUGGUGCUGUUCUCCGUCCUCGUCCUAAAUGUGAUUCUGCAUUCAGGAAACCUGCUGGACAUGCUGGUGAGGCUCUUUUUGAAGUGCAUUCCCCGUUGUUUGUGCGGAGAGCCCCCUCCGCCUUUGAAAAAUGAAGGCAGUAGGGAUGGGAGUGCCUUGGUGUCAGAACUCGGCGGCCACGACGAAGGAGGGUCAAUUGAUAGCGUCGGGCCAACACCGAUUGGUCCUCGUCGAUGGAGAUUUUCUUGUUGA